AUGCUAAGUAUGCUGGAAAGCAUCCUCCUUUCUGUUGCCACUAGUGAAGCUAUGCUGGGUGUUUUAGGGAAUAUAUUUAUUGUACUUGUAAACUGUACAAACUGGGUCAGGAAUAAGAAACUCUCCAAGAUUAACUUUAUUCUCACUGGCUUGGCAAUUUCCAGGGUUUUUACCAUAUGGAUAAUAACUUUAGAUGCAUAUACAAAGGUUUUCUUUCUGACUACGCUUAUGCCUAGCAAUCUACAUGAAUGCAUUAGUUACAUAUGGGUCAUUAUUAACCAUCUGAGUGUCUGGUUUGCCACAAGCCUGAGCAUCUUUUAUUUCCUGAAGAUAGCAAACUUUUCCCACUACAUAUUUCUCUGGUUGAAGAGAAGAGCUGAUAAAGUUUUUGUCUUUCUAAUUGGAUACUUAAUUAUAACAUGGCUAGCUUCCUUUCCACUAGCUGUGACAGUGAUUAAAAAUAUUAAAGUGCAUCAUAACAACACAUCUUGGCUGAUCCACUUGGAGAAGAGAGAGUUACUUAUAAACUAUGUUUUUGCCAAUAUGGGGCCCAUUUCCCUCUUUAUGGUGGCCGUAUUUACUUGUUUCCUGUUAACCAUUUCCCUUUGGAGACACAGAAGGAGGAUGCAAUCCACUGGAUCAAAAUUCAGAGAUCUCAACACAGAAGUUCACGUGAAAGCCAUGAAAAUUUUAAUUUCAUUUAUCAUCCUCUUUAUCUUAUAUUUUAUGGGUGUUCUCAUAGAAACAUUAUGCUUGUUUCUCACAGAAAAUAUACUUCUCUUUAUUUUUGGCUUCACUUUGUCAUCCACGUAUCCCUGUUGUCAUUCCUUUAUCCUAAUUCUAACAAGCAGGGAGCUGAAGCAAGCCUCCAUGAGGGCACUACGGGGAUUAAAAUGCUGUGAGACUUAA